GGUGGAGAAAGGAGGCGGGUUCGUAGGUAUCUCUGAUGCAGGGGGCGAGGACAAGAGGACAAUAAAUAACUCCCGAGACUUUGCUGAGCCUCCCUCUCUGGACUGUUGAGAGGUUUUCUUCCAGAAAAGCUCAGCUCGCAUCUUUGUCUUCCUGAAACUGUACAGUGAACCUCAAACAGCUAGAUCUCUCUGCACCUGUGGGCAGCUCUCUUUUUUCGAUCCCGUCUUCCUGAUUUUAGCCAAGUUGGCCUGAGAAAUGCAGGCUUUGGCGCUCUGGCUGACCGUAGGCGCUCUUCAGCUGUGGGCAGCUGUCCACGGGGGACCCCAGCAACAGCGCUUUGUCGUGCCGGACAUGAAGUGGUCCCUGAGCAAGGUCAAAAACUUUGCAUGGAAGAACUGUGGUCCUCCAUCAGAACCUGGUGUGAUUAAGAGUCUGUCUGUAAGUCCAGAUCCAAUUGCUAUACCUGGAGAUGUGACAAUUAGUCUAUCAGUGGCCAACACUAUCAGCUUUGUUGCUCCUCUGAAGGCAGUUGUCACACUGGAGAAGAAGCUUGGUGAUAUGUGGCUAAAAAUCCCUUGUGUGGAUCAACUUGGGAGCUGCAACUAUGAUGAUCUUUGUGCCGUCCUGGACAGUUUUGUCCCUCCAGGCCAGCCAUGUCCACAGCCAUUGCAAAGUUACGGCCUUCCAUGUCGCUGCCCAUUCAAAGCGAGUACUUACACCCUUCCUUCCUCUGAAUUCUUCAUACCCAACAUGGAUUUGCCUUCUUUCCUCACCAAUGGAGACUACAGGUUGAGAGCUGUGAUGAGCAACGGGGACCAAGAGCUUGCCUGCACCCUAUUGUUCUUCUCCUUGCAGGCAGAGAACUGGUGGCUUUGAUGGCUACACUGAGUCUUAGUGUCAAGUGCCAUGUUUCUUCCAGCUUUUUCUAUCCUAUUAUGACUAACAUGAAGAGUUACUUUCUAGCAUUUAAAGAGAAAGGGUUAUAGUUACUGCUUUUGUGACUGCUAUUAAUUACUUGGAGAAACAAUUGGAGAAUCCAAGGAAGGAACACUCCUUAUUAGAAAAAGAGAGGCUUAUCUAAAGCUUAUUAAGGACCAUGUUAUACAGGUUAUUAGUUGUACAUGGAAAUGAGGAUCUGCAUACAUCAAGCAUAUGUUUAUCUGGCAAAUGCUCUGCCAGGUGCAGCCGCCCAGCAUUGGAGCAUUCCAUGAAUGGCUCCCAUUUAUUUUUUCCAAUACAUUCCAUUUACACCCUCUUAUUUUAAGUGGUACAUUUUGUUUGCUAGUUUAUCCACCUAGUUCUGCAUAAAAACAGAUAUCCUUGUCUUGCCUUCUGCACAUAAGCUCAGUGUUUUGUUGGGGAGGUGAGCCCAGAAGUCAAAGCAAGCAUGAAAAGGAAAGGGGCUUUUUUAAAAAAAGUGAGCAGUCUGCCCUCUAUUCCAUAAAGUUGGAUAUGUCCCGUGUACGAAUGCAUGACUGCACUGGGUGUAGUUGUUGGUUGUGAAAACACACUGGCUUUUAUGGAGGUGGGGCUUUUCUCUGGCAGCAAAAACAAAAUUCUCACUGUAAGUACUUAUUCAAAUAAUUUUUAAUCUUCUCCAUUUUAUAUAAGACUGUACUAACCCUUCUUUUUAAAAAACUAAAUGCUUGCAGAGGUAUUGCUGGGCAGAGCAGCACAUCUCCUUUUAGACGUGCAUUUCUCUCCUUGUUUCAAGACUGACUUUCUUGUUCCUAAGAAACCAACUGGCUCCAUUUACUAACAAGCGUCCUGAAACACAACUUUCUGUUGUUUUCAAACAUACUGUAUAUCCUAUGCAUUGAGCAAAACUGAUUGGCUUAUGGCCAUGCCAAAGCAUACAAUCUUGGAGCACAUCAGUCCAAUUUGGAUCACUCCAAAUUAGUGAUCCGGGAGGUAAUCAAAUAACCCAAGACAUUAAAGGUGAUAUUGUGCCUUAAAUUGGAUGUCAUGUAUAAAUACCCUGUUUCAGAGGGUUCAGCCACAUUGUUUAAUCCCCAAUGAUUGCCAAGUGAUUCUCUGGUGCAAUGAUAGUAUAUUAUUGAGCUAAGCGCUGCCCCAGCAAAGUAUGUUAAAAUUAAGAACAUUUUCUGAUCACAGAAUGUGAGUAUUAACAAUGAGCCAUCAUGAGCCUCUUUAUUAAUGCAAGGCAGCAUUAAAGUGCUGCUGUUCUUCUGGGUGUCCCACUUUGCUGCAGGAACUGCUUCUUUUGCACUGGGCUUGCUGCAGUUCUUAUAGCCAGGCUGUCAAAUCACGAUGUGAUGAGGGGUUCUGCUUAUCAGCCAGCUUGUUAGAAGUGGAUUUGGACUGAGCAGGAAUGACUUAACUGAGGUUCCCUAGUUGGCUUUCACAUCUAAAGAAGGACUAGAACCUGGGUUUCCCAUUUCUAGUCUAGCAUCUGAACUGCUAUACUAUACUUGCUCUCAGAAUGUCUUCUAGUUAUUUUGGAUUACUAAAAGUAAGCCACCCUUGAGCUGAACUUGACUCCUGGUAAUUACAUGGAAAUGUCUAUGUAAUUGAUUCUGGUAAUAAUGGAGAAGUAGUCUGCCAAUGCAAGUUUCUGGGAUUCUAUUUUACUUUGCAGUCUAACCUCUAACUUCUGGGACUUCCCUGGGGGUCUCACACCCAAGAAUUAGCUAGGUCUGAUACAGCUUAGCUUUUUGUGAUCAGCCAGAGCCAACUAGGUACAAUGUAGAUAAUCCCUGGCUCCUGACCACGCUGGCGGUGUUGAAGGUGCAUUCAUGCAAACAAUCCAGAAGAGUUCUUGGCCUGUAUUUCUAGCUUAAGAAUUAUGCAUGGCAGUGGUUACUGUUUGAUUUAAAAAUUACAGAACUUUUCUCCCAACUGCUAGUGAGUAACCUUGGAUGUGUUCUGUCAAUUUUUUUCAUUUUAUCCUCUGAGCAAUAAGAUGCUUAGCUUCUACACCUGUAUUUUUGUGCAGAAAUAUAUGUUUUUCAUACUCUUGCUUUUAAGGACAUUAAUAGAAAUCUGCCUCAAGUAUUAGGUUUCACUGAAUUUUUGUUACUGCCUAUAAUCUUAACGGCAUUCCAUGCACUUUGAACGGAUAGGCUAUUAUGACAUCUUAUUUCACUAAAAAUUGUUGUUUUGUAUUCUACUCUCCAGCUCCCCGGAUCUUGGUUCCUCCGUCUACCCAAUGUGCUUUUUGAUUGUAUCUCCACUAUAUACAUUUCAUGUUUACCUCUAAUCCUAAUAAAUGCUAUGUUACUUGGUAUGAACUGGAAAAACACAGCAUACCUUAUAUUGGAGUAACAAUCCAAAUUGUACUUAGAGAAGUUCUGUUACUUGCGUAAAUUCAAAAAAUUGUUUUGGUACGUACAAAUUCCAAGUUAGAGUCUUGGAAAAUGGCAAAACUUUUUAAAUUCUAGUUUAAAGUUUAUCCUAUCCUUUUCUUUACACUCUUGUAUACAGUAAUGCGGUGACCUACUCUCCAUAUAAUUGCCUCUAAAUCCCACAUAUAAAAAAGAUUCUAUGAAGUAUGUAGACAUGACUGUCUUUAUUGCCUCCAAAGCACGCAAUUAUCACUGCAUUCCUACUUUAAAUUGUCAGAGCUGUGGCAUGGCUAUAUGGCUAAUAUUGUUCAGUAAACUACUGUUACAACUUUGUAUGGCAAAGGCACUGCAUAAAAUUGAAAAGAUAAUUUCUAUGAUGUAUUCUGAUGGUUAUGAUCCUAAGGAAGCCGUUUAUGUACCUGUUGUAUAUCUUGUUCAAAAAAAUUCCUUUACCUUUUCCUGUACUCACUAUAUUUCAUAAAGGAUGGGUUUUCAUAUUAUUUUCUGUAAUAAUCAUCCUCAAAUCCCAAUCUUGUUGAUUUACAGAGAUUCAUGGCAUGAGCAAUACCUUUUCUUCUGAGCUUUGAACGAAAUAGCCCACCUGCAAUAUUCCAUCACAAUAUUUUUGUCAGAACUUUUUAAUGUUCUAUGUUGUGAUGGUACAAAACUCAAAAUAUUUUGAGUAUUCCAAUAGGAACAAUGGAAAUUCAGAAUAAACCUGCUUUUUUGUCCUAUAA